CGGAAAGAUUACGCCCUCUAGUCACAUGACUGAUUUCGAAAUUCGCAUUGAUUUCGCAGUUCCUAGAACAACAGUUCUGACUUCUGAGCAAUUGUGUUCUGUGUUUUACCUUUGUUCUUCGAAGAAAAUUGAACGUAUGUAGGUCAAUAUAUGAAACAGUUUCUACUGGUUAUGUUACAAGAUGUAACUUAACUUUGAUCGUGAUUGUAUCGUAAAGAAUAUGGCCGAGGGUUACGACACAACUCGCUUUCAUUCAACUAUUGACGAGGGCUUUGUUUGCUGUAUCUGUCUCGGUGUCUUACAAGAUCCAAAGCAAUGUGAGAACAACGAGCAUUAUUUCUGUUCUGGUUGUAUCAAGAAACAUCUGGAGAAGACCUCGCAUAGUUGUCCUGUCUGUCAAGAUAAACUGACGGUAGAGACAUUGCGUAAGGCUCCAAGAAUUGUGGCCGACUGUGUUUCACGUUACAAGAUCAGUUGUGACCAUGCAGCGAGAGGCUGUGAUGCGAUUCUCGAGCUUGGAGCUCUACAGGCACACGUUCAGGACUGUGAUUUCAUGCCUGUCACUUGCCCAAAUGAAGGUUGUGACGACGUCGUGAGCAAACGCGAUGUAAAGCAACACGAGCUCGAUUUAUGUCGCUUCAAGACGACGACCUGUGACGACUGUGGGGAAAAGAUGGCUCAACAUAAAUAUGGUGCCCAUGGCUGCGUACUACGACGUGAUGUAGACGAAAUAAAGAAAGAUUUAGCAGAAAUGAAAGCCACGCAACAUGAAAUGAUGACGUGCAUGCAACGAAUGACGACUGCGUUUGAAAGUCUUCAAAAGUCUGUAAACUCCAAGAGUACUGAUAUUGUUGUCAUCGCUGGUUGGAAUCCCAAAACAGAAAAGUGUCUUUCUUCUGUUGAGCGAUUUAGCUUGUUAAACCAAACCUGGACACAGUUGCCUCGGUUAAAAAUAGCUCGAUCGGGUUCUGCAGCUGUGAUGUUUAACAAUCAAGUAUUUGUUUGUGGCGGGAUCACCGACGAUGAAACGCUUCUAGAUAGCAUCGAAGUAUUAGAUCUGAAUGGUAAUCCUCCAGAAUGGCACGAGUUUUUUGUCAAUCUUCCUAUCAAGAUCUUUGCUCACAAGUGCGUUGUCCAUGGGAAUCGUUUGCUGAUUAUUGGUGGCCAAACGAAGGUAGCUGGUGAGAGUUUGGAUGCGAUAUACGAGCUUCUCCUGGUUCCACCUUAUUCAUCCAAGUUGCUUUGUCACAUGAAGAAGAAACGAGCUCUUCAUGGAGUGGAGUUGUUCGAUGAUAAGGUUUUAAUCGCUGGUGGAGAAGAUGCGGAAACUGAUGUGGAAAUAUUCAACAUAGCAAGAAAUGAAUGUGUUGAAAUGCCACCACUGCCAUCUCCUGUUCGCGGUAUGGGCACAGUUCGCCGUGGUGACACCAUGCUUUUGAUUGGAGGCAUGGGAAAUAUGGAUGCACAGGAAGCCAGCAAUGAGAUUAUCGAGUACGAUUUCAAAACUGGCCAGAGUAAGGUCCUAUUGGCCAUGAAAACGGGACGAGCUUUUUGUUUGUGUGUUUGUUGUGGAAACACGCUUAUUGUAAUUGGUGGUGUGUUGGCCGACCCUGCUGCAGUGGAUUGUUUCAACUUUUUAUCAAAUUCCUGGAAGAGAUUACCCUCAAUGGCUGAGACAAGGAUGCUUGCUUCUGCAGUUGUUUUGAUUAAAGAAAAUUUGGAAUUUUGACAGUUGUUAACAAAUACUGACAUACUAUUUUAGUAAUCUAAUUAUAUAUAACCUUUUAAAAUAGAUAGAACUAAUACAGGCGAAUACUCUAAGAACAGUCAAUGGAACAAUAGUUAUUGCUUAACUUUGUUAAAGUGGCCUAGCUUUUUGUCAAUAUUAUGUAACCAAGUGAUUUUGUGAAUAAAAUGCUCAGAAAAUUAUCCAGUUUUGCUGCAAGCAUGGGAAAUCAACGACAUUCUUUGACAUUCUCAGUCAAGUACUCAACUACACACGUUAAAAUCUCGCAUCUUGUUGCAAGUCUGCCAACAAGCUGUCAACAAGUUGUGUUCGCAC